UGACGGUUGGAAUGUAAUAUCCGCUCAACCUUGAUUCAAAUGUUAUUCUUCUGACGCGAUAUUUCCCCUUCUGCAAUCAUCUCCCUCAAAACCCCCUUUCUUUCCCCGUGAUUUUUUGUUCUUACCAGAUCUUUUGUACAAUACUUCCCUGUCUCCUCUUGCCUGUCAGGUACUACCUGUACAUCAAACAUGCAGCUCAAACACGCCCUUGCGGCCCUUCUGUUCGCGCCGGUUGCGCUGGCCCAGAAUUCCACCCAGUCAGGAUCCUCUCUUGAUCCAUUCAAGGUCUACACCCUCACCGCAGACAAGAUCACUGCCAAGUUCAUUCCCUAUGGAGCUCGCUUGACCUCCGUUCUGGUCCCUGAUAGAGAUGGAAACGUGCAAGAUGUUGCUGUUGGCUAUGAUGACUCGCGUCAGUACCUGAACGACUCCCAGACCGUCCAUACUGUCUUUGGAGCGACCAUUGGCCGUAUUGCCAAUCGUAUCAGGAACGGCACUUUCACCAUGGAUGGCAUCGAGUACCACAUUCCCAAGAACCAGAAGGGCCUGUACACCCUUCACGGCGGUAAUAUUGGGUACGACCAGCGCAACUGGACUGUGGUUGCCUCUUCUCCUUCGUCUGUCAGUUUCUCUUACUACGACAAGAAUGGAACUGAGGGAUUCCCUGGCGAUGUUCUCACCACCGCCACUUUCAGCGUCGACAACCACAACGGCUUGCCCCGCUUGACCACCAAGCUGGUUUCGGAGGCUCUGACCCAGAAGACUCCCAUCAUGCUCUCCAACCACAUCUACUGGAACCUGAACGGCUUCAAGCAGGAGACUAUCCUCAAUGACACCUGGUUGCAGCUGCCCUUGUCUGAGCGCUUCAUCGCCUCAGACAGCCUUCAAGUCCCCACUGGUGCCAUCUCGACCGUUGACCAGAACGGCGGAGCCUUGAACUUCACUACUGGCAAGAUCGUUGGCCAAGACAUCAACAAGACUGCAGGUCUCGUCGGUACUGAUAUCGGCAUUGAUAGCUGCUUUAUCAUCGACCGCGAUCCUGUAACCUCCCCCGCUCCUGACGCCCUCGUUCCCGCCCUCCGCAUCAAUUCCAGCACCACCGGAAUCAGCAUGGAGGUUGCCACCAACCAGCCCGCCGUCCAGUUCUUCACCUGCCUUAACAUGGAUGGAUCUAUCCCCGUCAAGGCUUCCCAGGCCCAGCGUAACACCAAGGACAAGGGUGCUGCGCCAUUCGUUGAGAAGUAUGGUUGCUUCGCUAUUGAGCCCGAGGGAUGGAUCGACGGUGUCAACCACCCUGAGUGGGGUCAGCAGUACAACUUGUACUACACCCCUGAGACCCGCCCUGCCAUUAACCUGGCCACCUACACUUUUGACACUGUGGCUCGCUCUUAGAGAUAACUGCCAUUGUACGCGGGAUCGUUAAAAUAGGAGGCAUUUAGACUGAUGGAUGCGAUAUUAGUGGUCGUGUUACAAUAUAUGUAUUUUCAAUCAAACGCUGUACUCUGGACGCUUAGGUUGUCUUUACUUGAAGUUUGUGGAUAUAAGACCAGAAUAUCUUAAUGAUUUAGGUUGUAGUAUACCCUUUAAUCAACGACAGAGUAGUUGCCGA